CACUAUCUGUUGUUUCCUCUGCCAGGUGCUAUGUGGCGCUCCCCACCGGCCGGCCCCAGUUCCAGAAGAACCCCCUCGACCCCUCCUUCCCGCCGUGGCCGACCUGGAGGAUCUCCACGCCAGAGGCCGCCCCCGCAGCCCUCUCCCCGUCGUUCUGCACGGAGGGCCCCCCCAGAAGGAGCAGCAGUCCAUCGGAGAAGACGGAGGUACCGGCCCGGCUAUCGGGCCAUGCAGGAGAUCAGAAAGUAUCAAAAGAGCACCAAUCUCCUCAUCUCCAAGCUACCCUUUGCUCGCGUGGUUCGGGAGAUCUGCCUGGAAUUCACCCGAGGGGUUGACAUGAUGUGGCAGUCUAUGGCGUUGCUUGCCUUGCAGGAGGCAGCUGAAGCGUUUCUGGUGCAUCUCCUGGAAGACGCCUACCUGUGCGCCAUCCAUGCCAAGCGGGUCACCCUCUACCCCAAGGACAUCCAGUUAGCUCGGAGGAUCCGUGGCAUCCAGCAGGGUUUGGGUUAGUUCCCAUCCCCAGCUUUCUGGGCUGAGGAGGCCCCUUCUGGGGCCACAAAGCUGCAGGGGAGCACCCCGGGACCGCUCUGGAGGAGGAGG